AUGAAUAUACUAUCCUCAUACCAAAUUUAUCGAAAAUGUCGUCCACUUCCAUUAUUCCGGUAUCUAUUUACUAGUCCAGUAUGUCACAAAGGGAGAAAAGGGUAUUUUGAAAGAUUAAAACGCGAGCGUCCUCAAAAACCCAGAACUGUGCCUCUUUCCCAAAUAGACCCGAACGCCGGUGACGGGUACUUCAAAAUAACGUUACGGCGUUCUACCAUUGGACUUCCUGAGAAAAUACGGCGCAUAGUAAAAGCACUCGGUCUUAAAAGAUUACAUAAUACAGUAUAUCGUGAACAACGACCAAUAAUUGCCGGUAUGAUUUUAAAAAUAAAGGAGCUUGUUGAAGUGGAAAAUGUAUCAAGUAUUCCUGAAAAUACAAGUAAUAGCCCAGAUCGAGGUUAUGUGAUUGUUAAAAGAGAUAGGGUCAAUUCAAAGUAA